AUGUUUCAUCUUGUCUUCUCUUAUCAUCCCUUUCUUCCAGUGUCUCCUAAAUAUCUCCUGGUAGAAUAAAGGCUCAUGGCAAGCUGCACAUGUCAGUUUGGUGUGUUUUUUUUCCUUGGGAGAGUGCAUGUGAUCAGCACAGGGCCAAUCAGCACUGUCCAGACAGAGGGUCAGGACUUUCACAUCCUCCUAGAACAGAAAGAAAACUCCUCCUACAAGCUUUAACCAGUGCUCUGCUAAAGUCACAAGACUGCUCUAACUGCUGAUGAGAAAAGGGAUUUAGCAGUUUAUAUUUACUAA